GUAAUUUCCUGUCUCUCUCGUCACCAGCGCUGACGUUCAGAGUCCGAGCUUCCCGAUACCUCGGUAGCACUGUAUUCGAGCGCACAUCGACCGCAUGGAUUCUCUCAGGGCGGCCGAUCUCAUGGAGGGCUUUCAGAGGGAAUUUAAGUCCUUCGCAACUGACGCUAUCCACGUCGGUCAGGAGCCGGAGCAGUGGAAUUCGAUGGCCGUAGUGCCGCCCAUAUCGCUGUCAACCACCUUCAAACAGUUCGGACCGGGAAACCAUGCGGGUUUUGAGUACAGUCGAAGUGGAAACCCAACUCGGAACUGUCUGGAAAAAGCAGUUGCUGCACUAGAUGGUGCCAAAUACUGUCUCGCUCUUGCCUCAGGACUUGCUGCUACGAUGACUGUCACACACUUGCUGAAGGUUGGAGAUGGCAUUGUGUGCAUGAACGAUGUGUAUGGAGGUACAAACAGGUAUUUCAGCAAAGUUGCCUCUGAAUUUGGCCUUGAAGUGUCUCUCGCUGACUGCACGCAGCAUGACGUCCUGAAAGCGGCUCUUAAACCAAAUACAAAGUUACUCUGGAUUGAAACUCCUACAAAUCCAACCAUGAAAGUUGUGGAUAUCGAGGCCUGUUCUAAGAUUGCCCAUGAGUACAACAAGGACAUUCUUGUAGUGGUGGACAACACAUUCAUGUCUGCUUACUUCCAGCGCCCCCUAGCCCUUGGAGCAGACAUUUGCAUGUACUCUGCAACUAAGUACAUGAAUGGCCAUAGUGAUGUUGUUAUGGGACUUCUGUCACUAAACCAAGACCACCUAUAUGAACGGCUGAAAUUUUUGCAAAAUGCUCUGGGUGCUGUCCCAUCCCCAUUUGACUGCUACCUGUGUAACCGAGGGCUGAAGACUCUUCACCUGCGCAUGAAGCAGCACUUCAGCAAUGCCAUGGCAGUAGCACAGUUUUUGGAGGCUGAUCCACGGGUGGAAAAAGUCAUCUUUCCAGGCCUGCCGUCACACCCGCAGCAUGAGCUAAUGAAGAAGCAAUGCACAGGCUGCCCUGGAAUGGUCACUUUCUACAUCAAAGGAAAUCUGGAACAUGCCAUCAUAUUCCUCCGCCAGCUGAAGAUGUUUGUGCUUGCUGAGAGCCUUGGAGGUUAUGAAAGCCUGGCGGAGCAUCCUGGGAUGAUGACACAUACCUCUGUGCCUGAGAAUGAGAGGGCUUUACUGGGUAUCAGUGACACACUCAUCCGGUUGUCAGUUGGGCUGGAGGAUGAAAAAGACAUAAUAGAAGAUCUGGAUCAAGCUCUGAGUAAAACUCAUCCACAGAUGAAAUAGAUUCAAUAAGAUGUGCCUCAUUCAGUAUCUCAAUCAAGAAGACAAAGGACUUGACAGAAAAAAGUUUCCAUCUUUCACAAACAUGGGCAUUUUCAAAGUGAGUUAUAUCUAUAUAGCUGAAUCAGGGAGCAUCCUACUUAAAACAUUGUACCUCCUUAAAGUUGGAAAUAUUUAGUAUGUCAAAAACUCGGACUAUUCAAGAAAUUAAUUAUAUUUCUGUCCAUAUUAAUGCAAAACUUGUGUGGGGAAAUGUAAUACUUAUUUUAAUCUUUUUGUUUAAAUUUUGAGGAUACCCUAAUUUCAUCAAGGUCCAGGGGCAUUAAAUGAGUGAUCAAUGGGCAGGAAAAGCAUUGUUGUUUUUUUUUUUUUUUAAGCUUCACAUGAUACAUUGUGAAUAAAGACUUAUGUAAAGAA